GCUAUUAGCUCUGAUUGCAUGAUGAACAUACUCUCACUGGAUGCUUUUUUCUAAAAAGGUGAUGAUCCUGGACAUUGUGAUGAUGACAACUGGAUUGCCAAUGGAGGUGAUCUCAUUGCCCAUCGUGAUGACGAAAAUGAGAUGGCGAACGAAGCUGGUGGUAGUGCCCAACCAAAUCAGCAAACCCAACCUAACAAUAACUCCGAAGGCAUGUUAUAACCAGAAUCUUUCUAGCAUCUAUUAGAGUUAAACUUCUUGUUCAAUCUAUCGUUCUAUGCAUCUUCCUGUCUUAAUUUAUACCAUAUGUGUGCAUGAUUUUUUAUGAGUCAUUCCAAUGCUGCGGGGUGAUGAUAUUCUCAAGGACAACUCCAUUUUGCUCAUUUCUUAAUAUCACAUUAUUUUAAUAAGGACAAUUUACAUAGUAAUGAAUUUAAAAUUGUGUUUCUUGAAAUGGAUUGUAUCAUGAUUUUAGUUUUAUCUUCUUCUGUCUUUGUUGAAGAUAUUGCCUUGUUGAAAUCUGCUCGAACCGUGUCUUCCGUUCUAGUUAACCUCUGCAUUUGUAACAAUCAGAAACACACCAACAUGACAGAUACUGCAAUAUUCCAUUUAGUUGUUGUUGCCAUAUGGUUACUAGUAUAUUGUCUUGACUUUUUUUGUGAGCUUAAUUCCUCCUGUUAUAGUUACUCAUUUUGAAACGACGUUCUCCAUUUACUAAUACACUUCUAUACGUGUAAUUGCGGUUUAAUUGUAUCCAUUCUUGAUUUUACCUUAUUUUCAGGUCCACAAUCCUAUGAGGAGCCAAGGGAAAGGGGCCCCAAUUUGGGAAAAGGUCUGGAAAGGAUCACUUGACGCCGGCAGGGCAAACAGCCGUUUGUCAUUCCAGAAGGGAAGUUAAGGCCGGCACCUCUUCUUGCUGCAAAGUUCGCAACUGAAUGCAACGUCAUAGUUAGACACCAUAUGCCCGUGUUUAAGCGCUGGAAGGAUUACAAGGACCCAGAUGGACAUGUCCGAGAUGGGAUCUUCAAGAACUUUGUAGGAAAAGUUGGUAACAAGUUUCAGAUGGACGUUGAUGUUGUGCCAGUUAGGAAGGCUUGUACUGAAAUGCUGAAAUGUGCGACUCGCCAACAACGAUGCAGGCUCAAGAAAGAGUAUUUUGACCCUCACCCACUCCAUUUGGUGACGAGAACGUCUCCUGUCCCCUCGAUGACUGAUGAGCAGUGGAAUGAGCUAGUGGAAAGCUGGAAGGAUCCCAAAAAGAUGGGGAUAUGUGAAACUAACAAAAAUAAUCAAGCUCAACUUAAGUUUCACCAAACCACUGGCUCACGCAGCUACCCUGUGCACUGUGAUAAUCUGGGAGACAAAUACAAAGAUAAAGAACCCAAUGCAUUGGAUUUGUUCAAGGAGUGCCACUACAGCAAGAAAAAGAAAACUACACUGGUGUUGUCCAAGCUGCAAUUACCGAGAUGGAAAACAAGGCCUCUCAGCCUACAGAAGAUGGACAGGAAUCGAACUCCGCGACCGAGGCUGUAGCUGAAGUGCUUGCUAAGCACACUAAGAAGCCAAGGUUUCUUCAGCAUGUGGGGAUCCAGCAUGUCCAUGCGAGAUCUAGCGGUAACAACUGUCAAGCAGAAUUGGCCAAGAGGGGCAAUGUUGAGCUUCGGGCACUUGUUGACACCUUGACCAAGUAGUUGAAGGAGUCCGAAGAAGCAAGGACCAGGCAACACGAGGAGCACAUGAAGAGAGAUGAGGACAACAGGAAGAAGCAAGCUGAGAUGGAUGCAAAACUGGACUUUUUGCUAAGUCAGUUGCAAGCAAGAUCAGCUCAAGGGUAAGUUGUUUGUCCAAGAUCAUCCGUCGUCUCUACUUGAUGCAUGGAAGCUAUCUGAUGUGAUAUACUGCUAGAACCUACCUUCUUAUUUUGUAAUGAUUUUGUUGUGCAAACUGCACACUGUUGGAUGCAAACUGGUUGCAUUUUGCUGCUCCAUUGUUGGUGGAUUUGGAGAUGUAAGCUCAAUGUUACUAUGCUUUGUGAUGUUGUUCUUCUUUUAUGUAUUUGUGAUGGAUCUGGAGAUGUAAGCUCUUAGGCUUGGAAACCCAUUUUGUGUAGAAACAAAGAAGGGCUGGGUUGGGUAGAGUAAACACUAAUGGGCCGAAUAAAGUGGGCCUCGAAACACACUUUCUGGCUAA